AUGGCCCUGGCGGCCUCCCUGGCUGAGCUGCGCGCAGAGGCCUGCUGCCCCGUGUGCCACGAUUUCCUGCAGGAGCCUGUGACCCUGGAAUGUGGCCACAACUGCUGUGGCUCGUGCCUGCAGCAGCGCUGGGAGCAUCUGCACGACGUCCUGCCCUGCCCCGUGUGCCUGCACCCCUGCACAGAUGGGCACCCCCAGAAGAACACGCAGCUGGGGGACAUGAUUGACCUGGUCCAGCAGAUUCUGUGCAUGAGGGAGAAGAACAGUGACGACCUGGAGCUGCUGUGUGGCCGGUGCGCUGUCUCCCCUGACCACCAGGCCCACGACCUGACACCCAUCGCAGAAGCCGCUGCUCACCACAGGGCGAAGCUCAAGAGUCUCCUAUGGCUGCUGGGAGAGCGGCUGGAGGAGGCAGGGAGGGCCUUGGAAAGGAACGACGCCGAGUUCACCGAGCUGAAAGGCCAGUUGAAACUGCAGAAGCAAAAUGUGACCCAAGAAGGCAGCCAUUUGAUGCAAUUCUUGAAAAAACAGGACACUUCCAUGGGAAGGAAGCUGGUGCACCAAAGGGCCAGUAUUUACAGACACGUGCUGAAAACCAAACAGCAGCUGUCCAGGGAGGCCUGCACCUGGAAGGAGCUGCUCAUGGAGCUGCAGAAGGCUUGUUUGCAGGCCGACGCCCAGCUCCUCCAGGACGCCGGAGCCCUGCACCAGGCCUGGAGCCAGUGCCAGAGUCUGGGAUUCCCUGAAGCCCCUUCCUGGGAGCACAAAGAGGAGAGUCCCUCUCUGCCCCCCAGCUACAUCGGCUUGGACAACAUGAGGGCCAAGUUCCAGGUGCACCUGACGCUGGACCCUGAGACUGCUCACCCGGAUCUCUGCAUUGCCCGCCAGACGACCGCCAGCUACUGCCAGGAGGGCGCCCAGCCCAGCCCUGGAGUGCGCCCCCGCGCCUUCACCUCCCGCGUGGCGGUCCUGGGGGCCCCGGGUUUCGGGGGCGGCCGGCACUUCUGGCAGGUGGAGAUCCGCGGCUUGGGGGUCUGGUGUCUGGGCGUGUGCACCGAGGCCUUCUCCAGGGACACUCGGGCCGCGCAGACCCCGCGCAAUGGCUGCUGGCAGGUGCCCGUGACCGUGUCCCUGAGCCUGUCCCGCCUCCCACGGGGCAAAGCAGCUGUCGCCUGCUUCGGGGUCUUCCUGGACUACGAGUUGGGGGAGAUUUCCUUCUACAACAUGAGCAAGAAGACCCACUUGCACACACUCACUGGCACAUUCACUGAGAGACUUGUGCCUUAUUUUUCGGUCAGAGAUUUUUCCUUCUCUUCGUCCUUGAGUGUCCUGUGGGAAUAA